AUGGAGAUGGCCAAUGAGACUCAAGUCACAGAAUUCAUUUUGCUAGGAUUUGGAGGUGGGCCAAAGAAGCAUUUGCUGCUCCUCAUUUUUUUGACUGCUUUUUAUGUGCUGACUUUGGCUGAGAACAUGACCAUUAUCACCUUGGUCGUUCUAGACUCCCACUUGUCACGACUUCCCAUGUAUCUCCUGCUGGGCAGCUUCUCCUGGCUGGAGAUAUGCUAUGUGAGCACCACUAUACCUCGCAUGCUCUUUGACCUCAUAACCCUUCAUGGGAAGAUCUCUUUCCAGGCUUGCUUCCUUCAGUUCUACAUCUUUUUUUCUCUUGGUUGCACUGAGGACUUCUUCCUCUCUGCCAUGGCUUUGGAUCGGUACUUGGCAAUAUGCCACCCACUGCGUUACCCACAAAUCAUGUCCCAGAAUGCCUGCUAUGCCCUGAUGGCUACCUGUUGGAUCCUUGGCUUCCUGUGGAACAUUGUCCCAGUGACUUUGAUCUCCAAUAUGUCCUUCUGUGGACCAAACGUCAUUGACCAUUUGUUGUGUGAUCCUGGGCCACUUAUGUCUCUGGCCUGCCCCCCACUAGGAAAUGCUCCUUUCAUCUAUCAGAUAUUCGUGAAUGCUGUGAUUUUGGGUAACUUAUUGUGUGUCAUCCUGUCCUAUGGUGCAGUGAUUCUCUCUCUGAUGAAAACCUCUAGCCAAGGAAGUCGUAAGAAGGCUUUCUCCACCAUAUUCUUCCACCUAAUGGUGGUGACGAUUUUUUAUGGUUCCGUGGCAGGGGUAUACUUAGCUGCUCCAGGUGGAGAAAGCAACUCAGAGGUCACAAAGGCAGCAACAGUCUUUUAUGCUGCCGUCACACCUGUCCUUAACCCACUGAUCUACUGUCUGAGGAAUGAUAAGAUCCAAGAGGCAGCAGGGAGGUUGUUCAGGAGAAUGAAGAAAUGGUGGUGCCCUGGAUAA